GAUAAGAAGAGCUGUGUCUCAGGCGGCUUCCCGACCCUGGGAGUAGGAGAUUCAGCCUGGCAGUCGAUCAGUCAGUCAGUCAGUUAAGUCAGUCCACCGCCACAGCUGAUUGUCACUUGUCACCAUCGACCGGCGUGAAACAGGGAUACAGAACCCUCCCGACUCCAAGAACGCUGUGAAAUGAGUGACAAGGUACACUUCGUUAACGAGGCUUAUAUAGAGAUGGACAAGGUCGCUCCAGAUGGGUCAGCAGAUCAAGAAUGCGCAGCCGCACCGGUCAUUGUCACAGAGACCAAGUCGCAGGCCACUUUGCGUCUUCUCUUCUCCGCAAUAAACUCUGGCAAGUUCGCAGAGGUAGAGAAACGUUUGCACGAAGCAGCAGGGCUCAUUAACAGCACGGAUUACUGUGGGCUGACGCCUCUCCACUCGGCCUGUCAUAUGAAGCAGUUUGAUAUACUUAAGCUUCUAAUUUCUCGAGGAGCACGGGUAAAUGUUCACGACAGCCUUGGAGAAACAGCGCUUCACGUUGCUGUGAGGGAGAAGUGGCACGAUGGGGUGAGAGAACUUCUCCAGCGAGGGGCCUCUCCCGAUGAAACGAGUCAUCCUCCAAGUAAUUUCAAGAACAAGACAAAAGAAUCUCCUCUUCACAUGGCUGUUAAGAUAGGCGACAGGAUAUCCACCUCCCAAAUGUUAAAAUGUCAACCAGAUCUUAACAUCAGAGACGGCGACAACCAGACUGUUUUUCACUUGGCCGCAUCGCACAGAAAUGUGUCGAUUCUGAAGGAGCUCCUGACAGAUAUCAAUCUUCCAGAGUAUAUGAGAAACUUGGAUGAAAAUGGCCACAGUAUAUACCACGCGGCUCUUUCAAAUACCUCUGGUUCCUUCAGCGAAAGCCAGACAUUAAAAGCGAUUCGGUAUAUUUACACAUUUCACAAGAAUCUUGACGAAGCCAAUAUUUUUGGAGAGACACCAUUAAUCAAAGCAUGUCAUCUUGGUCUAUCUGAUGUUGUGGAUUUUUUCAUUAGUAAUGGAGCUAACCCCACCAAAGUUACUUUCCAGAGCCACUCAGCGAUACACGCUGCCUGCAUUUCUGGAAAUCCUGACGUCCUCCAACAUUUGCUCAAUUCAGGACGCGUAGGACAUCUAAUUACCUCUAUCGAUAAAUACGGUAAUCAUCCCUUUUACUACGCCAUAGAAAGUUCUUCACCAGAAUGUUGCAAACUUCUACUAGAAAAUGGUGAGCAUCUGGUGAAUGUUUACAAAAAUGAGGUUUCUAAUUUCACUCUAGUCAAAAGAUAUUUGCCAACUGCUUUGCAGCUUUUUCGAGAUCUUUUUAACUCCAGUAUAAAGUUGUCUAAUAAACCGAAACAUCAUCCAGAUUAUAGCAUCACUUUUGACUACUCGAGUCUUGUGUCAUCAAAUAAAAGAAACAUCCAAAGCUCUAUCAUCUCUGAAAUGGCUGGCACCCCACUGGAGACGCUUAUAAUGCAUCCACUUGUUGAAAGCUUCUUGCAUAUCAAAUGGUGUCGUAUAAGGGGAGCAUUCUACUUAAAGGUUUUCCAAUACUUCAUAUACCUUAUGAUUCACAGUGUAUUUAUUAUGAUGACCUUUGGCACAACACCAAAAGACUGGUCGACAGAUCCAUUUUCGCUGAUGAUUUUUAGGAUACUUCAUGGUACCUUCUUAGUCAUUGUAGCUCUGCCUGAGAUUGUUAUGACCAUUGCUAACUUUAAGAGGUAUUUGACACACUGGGAGACUUAUACUAAAGUUGCAGCCUUAGCAUGUUCUAUUUUUGUUGUGUGCACAGUAUCUGGUAAAAUUGUUGAUGAUGUUACACUGAACAAAGUUGACGCGAGGUUAUCUCCAAAGCGAAUGUUUGCCAGUUUGUCCAUUGUCCUUGGCUGGAUAGAACUCAUGAUGCUCUUGGGACGUUUCCCUACCUUAGGCGCGUACAUUCUGAUGGUCACUAAAGUAGGCAAAUCUAUUUUCAAGUUCUUAUUUGCAUUUCUGAGUGUCCUCAUUGGAUUUACCCUUGGCUUCCAUGUACUUUUUCAAAGGCUUCCCAUAUUUGCAGAUUUUAAUCUUGGCUUCGUGAAGGUUCUCAUGAUGUUGAAAGGAGAAAUAUCCUAUAGCCAAUUUGUUGACCGAAAGGGUUCCCCUUUCAACAUCUAUCCUCAGAUCCUAAUGAGUGUUUUUCUUUUCUUGGUGGUUAUAAUCAUGGGUAAUCUCUUGACUGGCUUAGCUGUAAAAGGUGUUCCCGACCUGAGGAGACAAGGGAAAAUCAAAAGGUUGAUUAAGCAGUUAUCAUACCUUGUGGCCUUUGAGAAGCUUAUUGCUUUCACUUACAAGAUAAAGUGCUUCCCACAGGCACUGCUGUCACUGCUUUCCUCCCGUCUGACUGUCGAUACUAAAAUUACUAUUUUCCCAAACAAGGAAUUCAGGAAACAUAAGUUCAUGAGGACUAUACCAGAGAAGAUCAUUUCGGAGGCAAUCACUUUAGGCAGUUGCAAGGAGCCAGAGGAUUUCCCUGAGGAAGCCGAUGACGAUGUUGUCGAACAACUGCAAUCUUUCAAGAAGAGAUACACAACCGAUCGCAGAAAUCAGAGCCACAUGAUUAAAGAACUUUCAGAGAUGUGUGGUGAUAUCAAGAAGCAGAUGACAGAGCUCUCGCAGCAAAUUCAGGAGCAGAUUCUUCAGAAUCAAAACCUGUACAACAAAUUGGUCGGAAAACAUUCUGCCUAACUGAAAUCAGCAUCGGAAAUACCUCAGAGUUUUCAUUAGUUAUUAAAGAAAGCUAAGUAGCAAAACGUUGCAAAAAUUAGCUAAACUUAAUGAUGAAAUAUCACAAAGUUGCUUUUAUAAACAGUGCAAUGGAAGCUACCAAAUCGAUAAAAAAAGAAUAAUUGGCUAAAAUAUAUUAAAUCCGUUUUCAAAUUUUCCAUCUGAUGCUAUGAAGAUUUGUAUGAAAUUACGAGGUAAAAAUAUGUGCCUAAAUUACAAGUCAAACACAUGCACAUACGUACAAUAGCGCACACCCAUAUAUAUAUAUAUAUAUAUAUAUAUAUAUAUAUAUAU